AUGCUGGGCGGGCCCUUACUGCUGUACGCCAUGUGUGUGUGUGGGGGGGGGGGGGGGUGUCAAUUCAGGCAGGGGGGGCAAACAAACAAAAGUCUGUGUUUGUCGCCCGGGAGAGUUGUGCAAUCCCGCAGAGCAGCGCAGAGCAGAGCAGCGCAGACGGCCGCCUGCUCUCAGCCUUCGCACACACGGCUCCCGUGUGUUUACAAGUGUUUGAACCAGUGCCAGAAACGAGGGGAGAAGCAGGAUAAAGCCAAGGAAGGAGGGAUGGUGGACAAUUCCGGCAGCAGUAAGGCACAGAUGCCCAGUAUGUCUCAGGAGUCCGGUGUGGCCUUUCCUCAGAGCACUUCCUCAGGAGGGAUGAAGCUAGAAGCAGUGAUGGAGCAGCUCCAGCGGCAGCAGCAGGCUCGUCUGGAAAUGGAGCGCAAGGAGAGGAAGUUGCGAGAGGCCCACAUUAUGUAUGCACAGCAGGUUGCUGCCCAACAAGCCAUCCUGGCUGCAGCUCGGGCGUCUGGGGCAGGUUUCAUGGGCAAAGCUAUGACCGGAGGGGUUCCAGGUGGCGGGUUACCUCCAAGGAUGUCCAAUCAAAGCAGUGUGGACUCGGAGCGUGAGGAUGAUGAGGAUAGGGGCAGAGAUUCUGGGGAAGAAGAUGACGACACUGAAAUGAUGGAGGGGGACGAGGGUAGUGAUGACGAGGGCAGUGCCAGUGGACUGGAGUUUCUUCGCAAGCAGACCCUGGCACUACAGCAGAGUGCCUCUCGCAUCCCACCACGCCCUUUUGGCAGCUACUCGGCAUCAGCCCCACAGAGGGCAGCUUCCCCACCUGUGAGAGUCAAACAAGAACCUGACGAAGGCCUGUCUCCUGCUGGGGCCCACUCGGCCACCUCUCCUAAUGGCCAGGCCGACUGGGGCUUUGAUGAUCAUUUCAGACAGUUGCUCUUGGCACUUUGCUCAGGCUCUGGUUUGGCUGUGGUCCAGGUAGUAGAGUCAGGCAGCACGCUGCAGCCGUUGUAA